AUGCCAUCAACUGGAAGUGCUUGGUUACAAAAUAGAAAUUUCGGAGUAGUUAUAGAUGCUGGUAGUUCUGGAUCAAGAGUGCAAAUAUACUCUUGGAAAGAGCAUCGAUGGGUGAGACAUAAUAAACCGGUUAGCGAACUUUCUGCGCUCCCUACAGUCGAACUUGGGGAUGAGAAAGGUGAACGUUGGCAGAAAAAGGUGGAGCCAGGAAUAUCGAGUUUUGCGAGGAAACCAACACUGGUUGGACCGGAUCAUCUUAAAGGACUAUUAGAUUUCGCAUUGGAAGUUGUGCCACCAGAUUUAGUUGUAUCAACACCAGUUUAUGUAUUGGCCACUGCCGGAAUGCGAUUGCUGGAAUUUGACGAACAACAACAAAUUCUCGAGAACGCAUGUACAUUUAUCAAGGACAAUUAUUUCUUUCGUGUAGAUCGAUGUAGUGAUCAUGUUCAAGUGAUAACCGGUGAAUGGGAAGGAAUUUUUGGAUGGUUAGCCGUGAAUUAUUUAAAGGGUGGAUUUGAUACAGAUAGUAAACUCGGCGGUGCAGUUAACAACCAUACAAAUGUGAAUAAUGGAUAUAUUGCAGAUGAACAUGUGAAGAAAAAAAUUGAUGGCGGACAUACGACAACAUUCGGAUUUUUGGAUAUGGGUGGUGCGAGUGCACAGAUCGCGUUCGUUCCCAAUGUUAAAGAAGCAAAAGAACACGCGAAUGAUUUAACUCCGGUAAAUUUAUAUACUUUGGAGGGCAUACCAUUAGAGUAUAAUGUAUUUGUUUCUACAUUCUUGGGAUUUGGAACUAACGAAGCACGACGUAGAUAUGUAGAAGAACGUAUUCACAAUUACAUGAAAGAUCAUGCGCAACUAUUUGUUAAUCCAGAAAGUGCAAGGGAACAACCAACCACCCUAUUAAAAGAUCCAUGUUUACCUGUUGAUUUAAUACUCACCGAUACGACCACAAAACCGCCGUACUACUCAUUACAAGGAACUGGAUCAUUCGACCAAUGUCUCGAAUUAACCUCACCGUUAAUCAAUAAAACAGCGCCAUGUUACGAUAAUCCAUGUUUAUUUAACGGGGUUCAUACACCGAAUAUUGAUUUCUCGGUAAAUCAUUUUAUUGGAAUAUCGGAAUUUUGGUAUUCGACUCAUGAAAUUUUCGGGUUUGACGGAGAAUGGGAUUACGUGAAAUUCAAGGAAAAAGCCAGCAAAUAUUGCGCAAGACAUUGGAAUGAUCUUCAAGUUGAAUAUCAAAAAAACAAAGAAUGGAAAAGUUCCGGUGUUGAUUUACAACGAUUAGAAAUGCAAUGUUUUAAAGCGGCAUGGCUUACAAAUAUGUUACAUGAAGGAAUUAAUCUUCCAAAAUCACCAAAUGACUAUUUAAAAAGUAGUGAUCAUAAUAACACGAUAACAAGUACACCACCUUUUCAAAGUAUUAAUAAAAUAAAAGAUAUUCAAGUUAGUUGGACAUUGGGCAAAAUGGUAUUAGAAGCAUCAAAUUUAAUUCCGAUCGCGAUAGCGCCAACUCAUCCACCGCCGGAACCGCAAGGGCGUGGAUUAUUUGGGUAUUAUAAUUAUUUGAUAGAAUGGAUUAUUCUUUUGUCGAUAUUGUUCUUCUGUUGUACUGGAUUUUGGUGGGGAAUAACAAAGAAAUCGGGAAGAAGUAGUGCUCGAGAUGGUGGGCCCGAUUAUGGAAUCCUCGAUAAUGGAAGCGGCGUGAACGGACAAUACUCAGAAUCACCUUUUUCUGCUUCUUUAUUUAAUCUUGUAAAAAUGGUUUCAAUUCGCAUAAGACCCUAUAUUUUGCGAAUUACUUCGCCAAUUCGAUUAUUCUUCAAGUCAUCGUCAUCAUCAAGAAGUAUCAAUAAUGAUACUGACGAGGAUCAUUUUGACUUUAUCCAAGUUGAUGUUUUGUCCUCGUCUAGUAGCAGCAGUAAUACUAUUAUUAAUGGAAAUGGGAUUAUCAAUGAUAUGGAAUCUAUUCAAAUCUCUACGAAGGAUAACCUCUCGAAUGGUAGUAGUAAUACUGAAAUAGGAUAUGUUAGUCCACAACCAGUGGUUAAUAUUUCUGUGAAUGGACUUUCAUCAAGAACUAUGAGUUAUACAAACUUGGGUAAGAUGAAAGAACGUGCAAAUAGUCUUGGUUCGGUUAAUACAGUUAGCAAUAAUGCUGGCAUUUUGAUAAAUGGAAAUAGUGCUGUUGCCGCACUGGGUUAUAGUAGACCAAGUAGUCGGGUUGGGAGAACUGCAAGUAUUGAUAAAAUUAGCAAGGACUAUUUUUAG